AGAAAUAUAAAUGUCUGGAAUGUGGGAAGAGCUUCCGCUAUGCGAGUGAAUUCACUUGCCAUAAUAGGACCCAUACAGGGGAAAAGCCGUAUCAUUGCAUGGUGUGUAGAAAGAGCUUCACUCAAAAAGUUCAUCUUAAGUCACACGAGAGGAUCCACACGGGAGAAAAACCAUUUCUAUGCCUGGAGUGUGGAAACCGCUUCAGUCAAAAAGGUCAACUUAAGUCACAUAAGAGGGUCCACACAGGGGAAAAACCAUUUCAAUGCAUGGAGUGUGGAAAGAGCUUCCAUUGCUCUUCAACCCUUAUUUCCCAUCACAGAAUCCACACAGGGGAGAAACCCUUUCAAUGCCUGCAGUGCGGAAAGAGCUUCAGUCAAAAAGCUGCUCUUAAGUCACAUGAGAGGAUCCACAUGGGAGAAAAACCAUUUCAAUGCAUGGAGUGUGGAAAAAGCUUCAAUGCAAAAAUUAGCUAUAUCGUACAUAGCAGAAUCCACACAGGAGAGAAACCCUUUCAAUGUCUGCAGUGCGGAAAGAGCUUCACUCAAAAAGUUCAUCUUAAGUCACACGAGAGGAUCCACACGGGAGAAAAACCAUUUCAAUGCAUGGAGUGUGGAAAGAGCUUUCAUACAAAAAGUAUCUACAUCGUACAUAGCAGAAUCCACAUGGAGGUGAAACCCUUUCAAUGCCUGCAAUGUGGAAAGCGCUUUUCCCGUUCUGAUAGCUUUCAUGUCCACAAACGGACCCACACAGGGGAGAAACCGUACAAAUGCCUGGAGUGUGGAAAGAGCUUCUGUACAUCCAGCAUCUUAACUUCCCAUCAAAUUAUGCACAGAGGAGGGAAACCAAACCAAUGCACCGAGUGUGGGAAGUGCUUCAGUCAAAAAAGUCACCUUAAUACCCAUAAAAGAAUCCACACAGGUGAAAAGCCCUAUAAGUGCACCGAAUGUGACAAAUGCUUCACCAAUUCAUGGGGCCUCACUUGCCACAAAAGGCUCCAUACUGGGGAGAAACCAUAUGAAUGUUGCACGUGUGGAAAGAGCUUCAGUGCAAAACAAAGCUGUAACGUACAUAGCAGAACCCACACUGGGGAGAAACCCUAUGAAUGCUUGGAGUGUGGAAAACCUUUCAGCAGACAAGGCGAUUUAACCGUACAUAAUAGGAUCCAUACAGGGGACAAGCCAUAUCAUUGCACAGUGUGUGGAAAGAGCUUCGCACAAAAAGGACAUUUCAGUUUACAUAAGAGGAUUCACACUGGAGAGAAGCCGUAUAAAUGCACACAGUGUGGGAAAUGCUUCACGACAUCCAAUGCCCUUACUUCCCAUAAGAGGAUCCACACCGGGGAGAAACCCUAUGAAUGCUUGGAGUGUGGAAAAAGCUUUAGCAACACCUCUUCUCUAACCAUACAUAAUAGGAUGCAUAAAGGGGAAAAACCUUAUAAAUGCCUGCACUGUGAUAAGUGCUUCAGUGAAAAAGGUAAUCUUAAAUUACAUGAGAGGAUCCACACGGGAGAAAAACCAUUUCAAUGUAUGGAGUGUGGAAAGAGCUUCUAUAGCUCUUCAUACCUUACUGCCCAUCACAGAAGCCACACCGGGGAGAAGCCCUUUCAAUGCCUGCAGUGUGGAAAGCGCUUUGCCAGUUCUGGUGGCUUUCAUGCCCACAAACAGACCCACACAGGGGAGAAACCAUACAAAUGCCUGGAGUGUGGAAAGAGCUUCAUUCAAAAAGUUCAGCUUAAGUCACACGAGAGGAUCCACACGGGAGAAAAACCAUUUCAAUGCAUGGAGUGUGGAAAGAGGUUCAGUGCAAAAAGUAGCUAUAUCAUACAUAGCAGAAUCCACACGGGGGAGAAACCCUUUCAAUGUCUGCAGUGCGGAAAGAGCUUCAGUCAAAAAGCUCGUCUUAAGUCACAUGAGAGAAACCACAUGGAAGAAAAACCAUUUCAAUGCAUGGAGUGUGGAAAGAGCUUCAGUGCAAAAAAUAGCUAUAUCAUACAUGGCAGAAUCCACAUGGGGGAGAAACCCUUUCAAUGCGUGCAGUGCGGAAAGAGCUUCAGUCAAAAAGGUCAUCUUAAGUUACAUGAGAGGAUCCACACGGGAGAAAAACCAUUUCAGUGCAUGGAGUGUGGAAAGCGCUUUGCCCGUUCUGAUAACUUUCGUGCCCACGCAUGGACCCACACAGGGGACAAACCAUACAAAUGCCUGGAGUGUGGAAAGAGCUUUUGUACAUCCAGCAUCUUAACUUCCCAUCAAAGUAUCCACAGAGGAGGGAAACCUUAUCAAUGCACCGAGUGUGGGAAGUGCUUCAGUCAAAAAAGUCACCUUAAUAUCCAUAAAAGAAUCCACACAGGUGAAAAGCCCUAUAAGUGUACCAAGUGUGACAAAUGUUUCACCAAUUCGUGGGGCCUCACUUGCCACAAAAGGCUCCAUUCUAGGGAGAAACCUUAUGAAUGCCGCACAUAUGGAAAAUGCAAAAAAAAGCUGUAACUUAUAUAGCAGAGUCCACACUGGGGAGAAACCCCAUGAAUGCUUGGAGUGUGGAAAAAGUUUCAGCAGAAGGGGCAGUUUAAUCUUACAUAAUAGGAUCCAUACAGGGGGAAAGCCGUAUCAUUGCACAGUGUGCAGAAAGCUUCGCCCACAAAGGCAAUUUCAGUUUACAUGACAGGAUCCACACCGGAGGGAAGCUAUAUAAAUACCUAGAGUGUGGAAAAUGUUACAGUGAUAGUGGCAGUUUUACCUCCCAAAAUAUAAUCCACACA